AUGAGCUCGUUGGAUGCCGCAGCGUUUGAAAAGAAGGUCGAUGAGAUCAGCUCACGGAUCGACGGCUUGAUGAAGGGAACGGUAACAGUUGAUGAUAUCGACAGGAAAAUUGAGCAUAUGCAGAAUGUAGAUGCUGUGAGGAAGCGAGAGGCAGCUGAGAAGGCUGAGGCGUUGAGGAAAUACGGGAGGCCGGGUAAAGGCAAUGGGGAGGGCUACGAGCUGUUCUGUAAGAAGUGCUUCACGGAGUAUGCUGAGAGUGUGGACCGCUGUGGGAGAUGUGGAAACGAGAAAUUGAUGAUGAGAAAGGACAGGUUGGCCGAGUUGCACGCGAAAGUUGAGGACCUCCAGAGAGAGAAGGGUGCCCAUGCAUGGCGCAAGGAUAAGUGGGAGCGUUGGCUCAAGAGUCGACAGCUCGUGCCGAGAUCUAAGGUCAUCAACUAUCAGAAGUGGGAAUAUUGGGAGCCUGAGACUGACUCGGAGGAUGAAGGAGAACCGGUAGUUCCGAAUGAUGAUCCCAACUUCAAGGCGCUAGAGAUGGACAUGCAACAGAGGAACAAAGCGCGGGAAAAUAGAGCUAUAACGGCCCGAAAGUGCAAAGAACGGGGGAAUGCCCUUCUGAAGGGCGGCGACUUGGUAGGGGCUAUCGAGGAGUACGAGAGUGGACUAGAAUACCAGAAGGAUAGUAAGGCGCUAUGGACGAACAAGGCAUUAGCUGAACUCAAGCUGGGGAGGUUCGAACAAGCGGUUGAUUCCUGCUCUAAGGUAUUGGAAAUGGUGGAGAUAUUCGAGGAUGACUACUCCCAGUCGGCCGAUGCCUGCACUAAGGCUCUGUUGAGACGAAGUGCGGCCUUGCAGAAUUUAAAGCGCUGGGAUGCUGCUAAGUGUGAUGCUGAGGAGGCGUUGAAGUUGAACGUUGCCCCGAGGGAAGCCCAGUCGGUCAUUGAACUAUGCGAUCGCCAUCUGAAUGAGAUCAGAAGCACUCGGGUCGAUAAUAAGGAAGGGAAGCACCCUAUAAAGCAAGCGAGUAGCGAUAUUAUCAAGUCGUUUUUACUCGAGGAUAAACGUCCCCCUUUGGGCAAGAUAAGUGAUCUCGAUGAGUCCACGAUUCUGGCAGCGUUGGCCGUAGACGAGGAGUCAGUGAAGAGGGUGGUCCAUUGUGGGGGUCUCGACAAGCUCUUGGAAGACUUAUCGAGAGCAGCCCUGCUACACAGGAAUAAUACCAUCGAGGACCCCGAUGACCUCCGGGGCCUCGGCCUGUUGCGAUGCUUACGGCUCCUCAUCCGCAUAUGCGAACUAUCGGACACAGCAUGCGAGGCCAUGUGUGGGAAGGCCGGCGCUCACAUAGGCCGACUCACGCAAUUGAUUAAGUCGAAAAUUCGCAGCGGAAGAUGUGUUGCCCUCAUGGCUGAGAUCUCGGCAAGGCCGGGCCCUCGGAAGCAGCUCCAGGAGGUCCUCUCCAGGGACAAGAACGUUCAGGUUCUGGAUAGCAUCGUCCAUAGAGUCGCCUGUCGGAAGCGGUCGUCGAGUCUGGCAGCCUUGUGUGUUCUCGCCAACUGCGCUAGCAACUGCCCAGCGUUGCGCUCUUAUCUUCAAACUAAUGAGGACCUACGCCGGGGCCUUUGCAAGAGGCUUACGGAUGCUGCUACGAUGGACCAAGCGGCUGGAGUUAUCUGUAACGUUGGAGGUGUUGGCUUAGCGGAAGCAUGUGCUCUACCGCUACUAAGGGUUUGCACGAGGGGGGCGAGCGAGAAUGCCACUAUGUCGGUUCUGGGCGCGUUGCAGAAUUGCUGUACGAUAUCUACCCAGGCGGCCCGGAGUGUUGCCGAACAAGCCCAGGCUGAGGCUGUCCUUUGUGGAGUUGCUAGCCGUAUGCCAAGCACAGUGGGUAGGGUCCUCACAAUACUCCUUCGAUUGGCUCAACUUCCUGGUGCUGCUGGCCUACAGCUGGGCCAUGAAUCGGAGGCGAUCGUGCUCGCUGAGAGAGUGCUAGCAGAAGCGACUGACCCGUCAGUGUGUGACCCAGCAUUGCGGCUUCUAUGUCACGCAGUGCGGCAUGACAGUUCGUGCUUGACUCCUAAGCUCGUGCGUGGCGCGGUGGAUCUGCUGACAAAAUUCCCCCCGCGGGGCUAUGACGACCGCGAUAAGACUCUAUUCAUGCUUCGGGGUAAUGCAUGCCUCCUUGUGAGUGCGGCAGCUGAUAUCACUCGCGCGGGUUCGAAGUUGUACGAGGAUGAUCUGGUCAGAGCCAUCGUGCCCAUGCUCGAGUGCCUUAGGAAACAAGACCAGGCAAACGCUGGCAGUGCUUUAGCCAAGUGCUCUAUGGCUAGUGAAAAAUGCAAGGAUAUUCUCAGGAAGGAGGGGGGUCUCGACACUCUGUGGAAGAUGCAGAGCAAAAUCCUGAGUGGACCAAAAACUGACGUCGUGAAAGGAAAGACAGCAGUCGCUAUCAAAUGA